AUGGGUGUUCAUGUAGAUGACAGUAUGGCAUCAACAAGUCACGGAAUUUAUACUUUUCGAGCCCAAGGUUCCAUAUAUCACAAAAUUCGUAGUCUUUUGCCAACAAAUGAUAAGCCGUGUUAUUUACAAUUAUACAUCUAUGACACGGACAAUGAAAUUGAGCAUAGACUGAGUGAAUCACGAGACCUUCGUGCACAUAUUGUCCAACGUGUAAGAACUAUUUUAGACCGAGAAAAUCCAUUUGUUAAGGAGUUUCGUCAACUAGCUCAGAGGGAAGAUUUACAUCAAUGUAAACUCAUAAUCAAAGAACAACAACCAAAUCAACCUCAAUAUUGCCUUCCCACAGCUUCUCAAGUCGCAGCUGUUAUUGUAGGAGGUGAUGAAGCCAGACAGUUAUAUGGAAGGAAUAUAUUGGUAGAAACGAUAUCUAGACAGCCUAUUACUAUUCCAGAUGUAGCAGGAUAUUAUGAUCCACUACAAUAUCCAUUGCUAUUUCCAUUUGGAACGUAUGGAUGGGAUAUUAAUACUACCUGUGCAAAUAAUAAUGCGGUCACAUGUCAUGAAUUUUAUGCAUAUAGGUUUCAGAUUCGCCCAGGACCUAUGUCAACGCUCUUACAUGGAGGGCGUCUUUUGCAACAAUAUGGUGUUGAUAUGCAUGUGAAGAUAGAAUCGCAUAAGCUUAGGUGGAUACGACAGAAUCAAGAAGCUCUUUGGGCAGAACAAUACCAAGGCCUCCAAAAUGAUUUCCAAGUAGGAGAAAAUUAUGCUGGAAAUGUGGGGCAUUGGACCAUUCUACCAUCAUCAUUUGUGGGAAGUCCACGCGAUAUGAUUCAACGCUUUCAAGAUGCUAUGAAUUUGGUUCAAAAGUUUGGAAAACCAGAUUUAUUCAUCACAAUGACGUGCAAUCCAGGGUGGGAGGAAAUAAGAAAUGAGCUUUUACCAGGACAAAAUUCGCAAGAUCGACCAGAUUUAUUGGCAAGGAUUUUUAAAGCAAAAUUUGAAGAGUUUAAGGAUGAUAUCGUUAACAAAAGGAUUCUUGGAAGAGUUGUUGCUCAUGUGCAUGUCUUUGAAUUUCAAAAAAGGGGUUUACCACAUGUCCACAUGCUUCUAAUUUUAGAUGACAAUGAUAAGUUACAUAGCCCGGAUGAUUAUGAUCGCAUUGUACAAGCUGAAAUACCUUCUAAGGAUGAUGAGCCUCAAUUGCAUAGUGUAGUACUCAGACAUAUGAUACAUGGUCCCUAUGGAACACAAAAUCAAAGAUCACCUUGCAUGAAAAAUGGGAAGUGUAAAAAAUCCUACCCAAAGCCUUUCUCUCAGGAGACUUACAAAGGUAAUGACUCAUAUCCUGUCUAUAGAAGACGUGACACAAAUAACCCAGUGCCUUUGAACAAUCAACGAAAUGUGAUGGUUGACAAUAGUUGGGUUGUUCCGUAUAAUCCUUGGUUGCUUCUAAAAUAUAAUUGUCACAUUAAUUUAGAUAUAUGUUCUAGGAUAAAAAGUGUGAAGUACUUAUACAAAUAUGUGUAUAAGGGUCCUGAUCGUGUAUUUGUUGAAGUGAGGCCAGAGCCAAAUUAUGAUGAGAUGCAAGGCAAUACUUAUAUAGAGAAUUCCCUGAGCAUUAUUGUUGGAAUAGGAAUAGUAAAAGUUGGAGACGGAGAAUAUCUCAUAAAAAGAAUGCCAUCAGCUUUGAGAAGAUUGUUUGCAAUUAUAUUGGUAUUCUGUGAUCCAACUGGAGUACAAGAUUUGUGGAAUGAGUUCUACCUGCAUAUGGUUGACGAUUAUCCAUCAUCAUCUAUCACAAUGGAUGUAGUUCGUACAAAUAGGCUUCUAAAUGAUUUAAAACUAUUACUAUCGCAACAUGGCAGACGUAUCACAGAAUUUGAUUUGCUGACAAUAACUGCAACAUCUGAUGAAGGUUCAUCCAUACCUAGAAUCAUACAAGAUGAGCUUACCAUUCCUAUGGAUGAUGAAGAAUUGACAUUAGUGGACAAGUUGAAUAACGAUCAAAAAUUUGCUUAUAACACAAUAAUGGAAGUCAUUCAACGUAAACAAACAAUGGCAUUCUUUGUGGAUGGUCCAGGAGGAACUGGAAAAACAUUUUUGUAUCGCGCAUUACUGGCAUCUUUAAAAAGUGAUGGUCAUAUCGCAAUUACCACAGCAACAUCUGGUAUUGCAACAACAUUACUACCUGGUGGAAGAACAGCACAUUCAAGAUUUAAAAUACUUUAA